AUGUCUCUUUCGGUGUUAAAAGCUGCUGAACAUAUUUUCGCCCUUUCUUUAUUUAAAGAGGCGCUCAAUAUUUUUCAACUUUUGUGGAUUCAAGGAAACGAGAGAUUGACUAAUGCUACCAAGCUCAAGCUCAUUAAUCUUGACUCUGGUGGUGUCCAGAAUUUUGAGUACGAGGCCGAAGGUUUCAAGGAUAUUAUAUUAGAACUAGAAGAUGUGGGUUUAAAGGCAUUGUGUCCUUCUUUUUUGUUUGACGAUUGGCUAGUCGUCCUUCACUUUGCAGAUUCUGAAGCACAAGAACAAGACGUGAAACACCAGUCGACUCUUCAGGGUGGAAAUAACAUGGACGGGUCAGAGGUUAUGCAUCGUUUGUGGAAUCGGGAUCUUGCUGCCGUCCUGAACUUCCGACAUAUACUUAACAAUUUGAGAUAUGAUGGGAUUAUACCUGUAAGGUUCACCCACGUUAUUCGGAUUGGUCGUAUCAGAAGACAAGCAGAAGAAGAUCUCCAGGAGGGUCGUCGUUUGAGACAAAGACUGACUAGAAUUCAAAGAAGAUAG